AUGGUGGUGGUGGUCGUGGUCGUGGUCGUGGUAGCACCUAAGUGGAACGAACAAAGGAAGAAUAGGCCAGGGGUGCUAGGGACGCGGGAGGUGGGUGGCAGGGGCGCGGGAGAAUUCAACCGAUGGGUUCCACUUACCCGAUCGUCGUGGUCGUCGGGAGGACCAGCGGAAGACGGUGGUGGCGGCGGCGGUGGAUCCAUGCUCUGUAAGUAAACCCCAUGGUAAGAAUGAGCGUGAGGGGGACACAGGGGCGAGGGGACAUUCAAACCAUGGACUCCACUUACCCGACAAACGCCAACACAAGCGUCGAAAACGGGCCAGACCCAACUCUUGUUGACAGUGAGGGCACGUGGGGGUCGGACGGGACGGACUGAUGGCCAAGGCCGGGUACAAACAGGCUUUAUGGACCAGCACGCGGCAACAGGGGGUACGGAUGACGGCUCGGACCAGUUCCCUCGCACACAGAAGGCACCAAUCAAAACGAAGAGGCCACACCAUACCAAGAAAGAACACAUGAAGAUGCUUUUGAGUCGACUGGAGGAAAGAGGCCUUUUUAUGGUGUGUGAGGAGGGGUCUCACCGAUUGGGACCUCCCUCUAACAAAGCCCUAAAAGAGGGGGGAUACCCCCCCCCCCCAUCCCCCUCUUUGGAGGGUAGGUCGAGAGAGCCCGGGACCUAGGCAAGAGGGGGGUAUAUAGAGAGCCGGGGAAAGCCCGUUGCAUUUUCACUGCCAAGGGUCGCUUUCUCAUCAGACUCAUCUUGGUUGUUCAUGUUUGGUUCCUGUUCUGACACCGGCUAACUCCCCAUGGCGUCCCCUUUGAAGAUUGUUGGCAACGAGGCGAAAUGUUAUAGUUCCGUUCACCAAGGGGCCGACAUCGCCCGAGGUACGUUGGAACGAGUCGUUCACCCUUACCCUCUACGCCACGCGCACACCUGGCCGCGAGCCCCUUGCCAUUGUAUUUGGUUAUUGUGCAGGGUGUUUGUGCUGGUGCAGUCGCAACCGACCAACGUGCACACCUUCUUGACCAAGCGAGAGCGUGGAGGGCCUCACCCCGUGUUGGACUCGGCCGAGUGUUACCACCACAGCGGGUGGGUGUGCGAUUGCCAUUAUUAUGGGGUCGGCAAAUCGGCACCGCCCGACUCGGACUGAACACUUUUUUUUGUUUGUUUUACAGAUGGUGUACGCAUCGAGAGCGAAUCCCAGGAACAAUGCGAGUGGAUGUAUCGUAUGUUUUCACACCAUUCCUUACCGUCCCCUGCCUCGUGGUGUUUCACCCUGUUGAGCAAGGAACUCCCCGCGCUGCUCAGAUGUUUAACCACGGGCAAUUCGGAUCGAGUGAGCAAGAGACUGUUGGGCAUCUUCACGUACCUCACGAAAUGGAAUCCCAAGACCCAGACCCUGCCCCCCCCCGGAACCCAUCGAAUUACGGGCGAUGA